AUAACUAGAUUUAGUAGAGUAACUGGCAUAUAAACUGAAGGAGAUGAGACGAAAGCAAUGUUAACACUGGUGACUUUCUUUUUGUUAGGACAAACGGCCCUCAGUGAUCUGACUGCAGCUCCCAGUAAUGUACUGAUUUACAUUCAUGACAGUAGCAAAGAGUUGAAACUGACUUGUACCUACACCAAAACAGGUGGGGACACUCUCACAGAUGAGGAAUGGUCUGAUAGCUUUGGAACAGAUACUGAUCGAUUAAAUCAAGCUUUUGUUGCGACCACCGACACUGAUCCUACCAGAAAACAAGUUGCAACUUAUCCAGCAGACUUCAUAAAAACUUCUGGAAGUGUUACUUGCUUGUAUAAGUAUACUAUUAGUGGCGAGGAGAAAACUUUCACUCACACCUUUCAGAUUAAACUUGAGGCUAUCUCGAUAACAGAACCUCGUGUGGUGGUAGAAGAGAUAGGAAGUACAGUGACACUGGUGUGUAGUGUUAAAACUGAUAGCUCCUCAACCCUGACCUGGAGAAAAGACGACACUACUGACAUUCCUGGAGUUUCUUCUUUCUCUACAGACACUUCAACUUUAUCAAAUUCUUUAGAGAUAGUUGAGGGUAAGGAGAGUGAUGUCGGGUCCUACAAAUGCCAGAUUCCUGGAGUGACACAGUCAGCAGAUUCAGUCAAUGUGUACUUCACAAAGGAGCUGGUUUUCUCCCCCUCCACCAGUCCUAUUUAUCAUCACAACACUGCUGCUCACAUCUCCUUUACUUGCUCUUACACUAAAACAGGGAAAGAAACCUUGUCGGAAGAGGAAUGGUCUGAUAGCUUUGGAACAGAUACUGAUCGAUUAAAUCAAGCUUUUGUUAAAACCACAGAGACUGAUCCUACCAGAAAACAAGUUGCAACUUAUCCAGCAGACUUCUUACAAACUUCUGGAAGUGUUACUUGCUUGUAUAAGUACAGUUACAGUGGGGAGAUGAAAACUUACACUCACACUUUUCAAAUUAGUGUGGAAGCUAUCGAGAUAACAGAACCUCUUGUGGUGGUAGAAGAGAUAGGAAGUACAGUGACACUGGUGUGUAGUGUUAAAACUGAUAGCUCCACAACCCUGACAUGGAAAAAAGACGACACUACUGACAUUCCUGGAGUUUCUUCUUUCUCUGCAGACACUUCAACUUUAUCAAAUUCUUUAGAGAUAGUUGAGGGUAAGGAGAGUGAUGUCGGGUCCUACAAAUGCCAGAUUCCUGGAGUGACACAGUCAGCAGAUUCAGUCACUGUGUACUUCACAAAGGAGCUGGUUUUCUCCCCCUUCACCAGUCCUAUCUAUCAUCACAACACUGCUGCUCACAUCUCCUUUACUUGCUCUUACACUAAAACAGGAAAAGAAACCUUGUCGGAAGAGGAAUGGUCUGAUAGCUUUGGAACAGAUACUGAUCGAUUAAAUCAAGCUUUUGUUGCGACCACAGAGACUGAUCCUACCAGAAAACAAGUUGCAACUUAUCCAGCAGACUUCUUACAAACUUCUGGAAGUGUUACUUGCUUGUAUAAGUACAGUUACAGUGGGGAGAUGAAAACUUACACUCACACUUUUCAAAUUAGUGUGGAAGCUAUCUCGAUAACAGAACCUCGUGUGGUGGUAGAAGAGAUAGGAAGUACAGUGACACUGGUGUGUAGUGUUAAAACUGAUAGCUCCACAACCCUGAACUGGAGAAAAGACGACACUACUGACAUUCCUGGAGUUUCUUCUUUCUCUACAGACACUUCAACUUUAUCAAAUUCUUUAGAGAUACUUGAGGGUAAGGAGAGUGAUGUCGGGUCCUACAAAUGCCAGAUUCCUGGAGUGACACAGUCAGCAGAUUCAGUCAAUGUGUACUUCACAAAGGAGCUGGUUUUCUCCCCCUCCACCAGUCCUAUCUAUCAUCACAACACUGCUGCUCACAUCUCCUUUACUUGCUCUUACACUAAAACAGGGAAAGAAACCUUGUCGGAAGAGGAAUGGUCUGAUAGCUUUGGAACAGAUACUGAUCGAUUAAAUCAAGCUUUUGUUAAAACCACAGAGACUGAUCCUACCAGAAAACAAGUUGCAACUUAUCCAGCAGACUUCUUACAAACUUCUGGAAGUGUUACUUGCUUGUAUAAGUACAGUUACAGUGGGGAGAUGAAAACUUACACUCACACUUUUCAAAUUAGUGUGGAAGCUAUCUCGAUAACAGAACCUCUUGUGGUGGUAGAAGAGAUAGGAAGUACAGUGACACUGGUGUGUAGAGUUAAAACUGAUAGCUCCACAACCCUGACCUGGAGAAAAGACGACACUACUGACAUUCCUGGAGUUUCUUCUUUCUCUACAGACACUUCAACUUUAUCAAAUUCUUUAGAGAUAGUUGAGGGUAAGGAGAGUGAUGUCGGGUCCUACAAAUGCCAGAUUCCUGGAGUGACACAGUCAGCAGAUUCAGUCAAUGUGUACUUCACAAAGGAGCUGGUUUUCUCCCCCUUCACCAGUCCUAUUUAUUAUCACAACACUGCUGCUCACAUCUCCUUUAUUUGCUCUUACACUAAAACAGGGAAGGAAACCUUGUUGGAAGAGGAAUGGUCUGAUAGCUUUGGAACAGAUACUGAUCGAUUAAAUCAAGCUUUUGUUGCGACCACAGAGACUGAUCCUACCAGAAAACAAGUUGCAACCUAUCCAGCUGACUUCAUAAAAACUUCUGGAAGUGUUACUUGCUUGUAUAAGUACAGUUACAGUGGGGAGAUGAAAACUUACACUCACACUUUUCAAUUGAAUUAUCAGGAACCAAAGUUGUCGCCGAAAACCCUCGCGGAGAAAGGUCAAGAAGCCACAUUAAUUUGCACACUUGUAACCUUAGCGGAGACGGAGCUUCAAUGGAAACACGGGGAGAAAGUUGUGGAGACAGGUGUUACUGUAUCGUACGACAGUGGGUCAGCAACCAAAUCCAGUGUCCUGAAGAUAGCUAACGUAUCAGAGGUGGAUGUUGGGAGUUACAUGUGUGGUAUAUCUGGACAAGAACUUACCCGUUCAACUCUACUGAUCGUGCACAGUGCAAUCGAGCAAAGUUCGGAGAGCACUAUAAUAGUAGAAACAGGAGACGGCCGGCAACUAUACUGUUCGCUCAUAGUGUGGGGAUCAAGCGACGGGAAGGUAGCAUGGCAAGUCAAGACAAAUCAGACGGGUAGUGGCGCACUUAUCAGCGACAGUGCGAUGGUAGAGGGCAAGCUAAACUCAACUAUUGAUAUUAAAACGGUUAGUGAACCGUACGAGUUGACUUGCACAUUCACUGUGGCGGGAGUGAACCUCUCAUCUAUCAUUACUAUCCAACCCAUUGACAAGAAUAUAACGUGUCCAGUGUUACACUCCGGAACAGGUAUUCUGACUUGCUCUCACUCGAGUUCACCUGUUACCUGCACCUACAAGUGUCCAGACAACUUAUACCUCCUGUCAGAGAUGGAUCUGGUUACUUCUCAGAUGGUGACAUGUGAUCCUGACACUGCUCAAUGGUCUCACGUGUCUCUCUCCAACUCCCUUGGAUCUUUUCCACCGUGCACAGAGAAAGUAGCACCAAAGUCAUACAGUUUAGAUGCUACACUGACGUUAUUUGGAGCCACUAAAUGUGCAGAUAGCACCUCACUGAGUGCUGCCCUUACUGCUGCCCUUAAAGAUAGCACUUCCCCAGCUUACAGCUGCAUGGAUACUGGCGACUGCUUCAUCAGCAGUGGAAACAUUACAUGCAGCUCGACAAGUGACGGACUAGAAGUGAAACUUCUCGUCACACAAACAGCAGGGGACCUCACCUCGCCCCAAACAAUGUUACAGUUCAAGUCUCAGCUGGAGACCGAGACGAGUCUCAAAUUCAGUGUGGAUGACGGGAGCAGAAAGAGGGCCAUCAUCACCCUUACUCUCAGUAAAACAGAAACUACAGAAAUCAUUCCUGAUUGCGAGGCUGGCCAACAAGUUGUCGAUCUCAGUUGUGUGUUAUGUGGGGCCGGCCGGUACGAGACCAGUGGAAUGUGCGAGAAAUGCCCACUGCAUUCCUUUUCCACACUCUCAGGCAGUACUGAGUGUAAACUCUGCCCGGAGGGGCUGAAAACUGUCUCGACUGGUUCUGACAGUCAAACCGACUGCACAGCGGUCUGUGUGGUACAAGGAUUGGAAGGAGGAUACAGGAGUCCUGCGGUGGGGUACACAGUCACUCCUCACACUACCAUCUCCUCCUUCUGUGGCUCUGGGUACACUAUAGAGACCAACCAAACUAGUUUGUCAAAGUGUGGAGAUGUCUACCAGCCCAACUGCUACGAAACGUGUCCUAUAACUAAAAGUUCGGAGAAAGCCAAGUUGCCCGAUCCCUCCAUCUCAUCUCUCCCUUACAAGGAAGAACUCCGCUUCACCUGUCAGGACGAUCAAACACCACUUACUUUAGUUUGUAGUGUUCCGGGUACUUCAUUACGAAUCGAGUGUGAUAGCAGUACUUCGACAGUGGUGUAUGUAGUGAGCGGAGUGGCUGGCGUGGUGGUCCUUUUAGGGAUAAUCACUACGAUAACUGUGUUUGUGAAGGACAACAAUAUUUCAGGUUGCAAAUGUGAAGAAAGCGAUCACGGUUAAAGUACAAGUAGAUCCAGAUUACAAAUAUAUGAUUCGGCUUGAAACAUCCUCUUCAGUCUUCACAGCUAUAAAAGGAAAAAAUGAUUCAGAUGCGAUGGUCAGUUUUACAGAUGGGAGAAAAAAUUAACCCAAGAAUAUCUCAAUCUGCAACCUUUGCAAAAUGCAAUAACAAUGUCAAAACUAUAGAGAUUACUAUAGAGAAUACUGUAGCCAAUAUUGGCCAGUUUAUUGUAACUCAUGGCGUUUGAAAUGUUGUUUUUUGUCUUUUGACAAUUUAUUGUCUUUAUUAUCUUGUAGCAAGAGUUAACAUAAGAUCAAGAGUGGUCUGAAAAUUGUAAAAUUCUGUUCUAGUGAAUUAUACAGGUCCUUUUGACUGUGCCUCAUAUAGCUUUUUAUAGAUUAUUUCGCAGUUUAUUUUCUAUUCUCAUAUUUUAGUUAACAAUGCGUUUUAAGUUAA